GACAACUGAUAGAUAUAAAUAACAUCCUAUUCCAAAAUACUUGGAACUUAACCUUUCUUAAAAUUUAAAUGAAAAAACUAAUACGUUAUUAAUUUACUUUACAAACAUUGUGUAAAUUUAGUAUUUAGAAAUGAGGCUACAUAUUCCCAAUUUGGCACCAAAAAGUACCCAUGCACGAAGAUUCCAAACAGAGCCUGUACCGUUUCAAAUGUUACUCCCUCUAAAAUUAAAAAAGGAAGUAUCAGGUAAAAGUGACAAAACAAAAGAAGCAGCAUGUAUGCAAGAAAUGGCUGUACUAUUUGCUUGUUUUAAGAAAUCAGAAUUUGAUCAAAAGCAGUGCCUAAAGGAAGUAACAGCUUUCCAAACAUGUUAUAAUGAUUACAAUCAGAGAGCUAAGGUUCAAAGAGAAAUGGGAAAGAAAGGUAUUCUUAUUCCAGGCGAGAAGAAACUUACUCAUAGACAGUUAAAUCAACUCCUUAAGGGCUUUCCUCCAUUAUAAUAUUGUUAAUAUUAUAAGUAGUUUAUGUUAUGAAUAUACCUGGUUAAUAAAUGUAGAAUUAAUAUAA